AUGUGCUUGAAGCCCUGCGCCGAGAACAUCCUCAAGACUCGGCGACCUAUCUGUCCCGUCUGUCGAAUACCCUUCACUAGAGUCGAUCUCAAGCCGUUUCUCUUCUACAAUCAGUUACAGAAUAUCCUACCAAAUGUAAAGAAACCGGAGGGGAAGGGUGAAAAGAAGGUGGAAGUGAAAUUAACUUGCGGUAACUGCGCAGAAUGUGGAAGGCCAGUUGGAGAUAGGGAAAAGGAUCUACGAGCCGGAACUCUUUUUAGCGGACUGAUCUGUGCCGACUGUCAGGCCACUGAGCGCCUGAUUAACUCGGCGGAAAGUUGCUGCUUAGCCUCUGCCAGCCCUAAUGAGGACUCCAUCAUAUCCACGCAAAGUAGCGUAGAGAACGACGCCGAAUUCUGCCUCGACGUGACCUGUUCCGGCCAACCGAAGUGUAAAAAAACGCACAUAUGUGUGAUGGCAACCUAG